AUUAAAUAUAUACGCUAUACAGUAUACAAUAUACAUUAUAGUUAUAGUAUUAUACUACUUGAAUAGUUUAAUAUCUAUGAAAUUAAUGUGUUUUUAGUUUUAUUAAAAAUUGUUUUACCUAUAUAAAUUAUAAUACAACGUUAUUGUUAUGUCGAAUAAAAAAAAAUGUACACUGCAAUUUUGGCUAAAACCGAAAACAACCAAUGACAAUACGAGUACAAAUUCGGUUAACAACAAGACUGACAAUAAUACAAUUCAAAAGAAUUCAAAUCAAACGAGCACGUAUUUUAGCUAUAAAACCACAUAGUGCAGAUGUAGAGAGAAUAAUAUCCUACUACAAUAUUCUCAAAUCCCACCAUAGAUCCAGCCUAGCACCUGAAACAAUUAAAAAUUGUCUCCAUGUUAAAAUAAAUAUGUGCACAUUAAGUGAAUUUGAUCCACGUGAAGCAGUUUUGUAUUGGUUAAAUUUAAAAAAAAGGCAUGACAAAGCUCAUCCGAUGGCAGAAAAACAAAGUUGGUAUCAAGGAGUAUUUUAUGAAGCUGAUUCAGAAACUUCUAUAAAUAAAUCAGAAAGUAAACAAAGUGUUCGUUUUUAAUAGUAUAAAUAUAAUUUAUGUUUAAGUUUGACAAGUUAAAUUUAUUUUAUAAGAUUAUAAUAUUGUUUUAAAAUUACAAUAUAGAAAAAGUAUUAUAAUUAGUUACAAAACUUGA